GUUUGCUCCCUACAACACUAAUAAUCUUCGAGGUCAUAGCAAGAAGGUUAACAAACCGUGACAUAAUAAUAAAUUUAAAAUUGGGUCCCAUUUUUCUCAACGAGUAGUAAAUGACUGGAACGCCUUACCUGAACAAGUGGUAUCAGCCCUAUCAGUGAAUAUUUUCCAGGAGAAUCUGAACCUUCACUGGAAGGCAAUACGUCGGAAUUAACAUAGGUUAACCAACCUAUUAUCCUUAUUACUGAAGACUGUACUUUUUCAACAGACACGACCUUCAGUCAUUUCAAAAGUGACCUUGCUGAGCUGCGUUUUUUAUUAGUUUUGCUAGUUGGGUUUAGGGAUUAGGGUUAGGGUUAGGAAUCCGGGUAAUAAAUAGGGUCUGGUUAUCAUCAUGAGCCGACAUCGUUCACAAUGCAGAAAUGCUUGGUAAGCACAGAUAUAGACACAUUUGACAUGAAAAUUAAGAGGCCCCAUCUGAAUCCGGCUGCUUUUUCUACAUACUGUAGAUCGAUCAGUUUCUCUGUUUCGGUUUACAAAUCACAAUUCUUGAGGGAUUUCUCAAGGCAAGCACUGACAUGGUGCUAUGAAACUAGUUUAAGCUGUCGAAUAACUAAUUAUGAACGCUCUUUGGUUUCUAGGUAAUAUUUUCUGAGUCAUUUUCGUAAAUAACAUAAAUCAUAGUUGGCUUGAACCAUUAAUCAAACUAUUCCAAAAGUUGUAUUGGCUGUCAUCAAGGAUCAUAAACUUUUAUCGUGGAGAAAAAGCUUGCUUAAUACUACGACCAAUUCAAUACUGGUUUGUAUAUGGGCAAUUUACCUCAGCUGACAGUUAACUCAUAUGUUCUGAUGUGUAGUGAUACCCAGGUGUUAUAUAAAUUAAAAAAACCUCACUUUUCAACUCACAUUCCUCAAGAGACAUACAGUCUGUCUAAUUCCUGUCACUGCUUCAUGAUGCUAGUUGUAUUCACUAAUGUUAAUUUAGACUGCCGAAGUAUGAGUUGUCUCUAAUUUCUCGUCUAUUCUAUUUUAGAUAAAGCUACUACUGGUUUGCUUAAUAAUGCAACUCAGACACUAAGCAGUGGGUUGUGUGUCCACAUCAAAGAUGUCUUUUUAAGAUAAGUAUAAUCAACUCUCAUUAUAGUUAUGACAUUUUUGCAUUUGAAUUUAAGCUUUUUAUUUACGUCAGUUGCUUCGUUCUAAAAUCUUUUAAAUGCUCUCUCCCUGUAGUCAGACAGUGCAUAAUAGACAAGUGGGUUUUCGCAAACAAUAUAAGAAAUAUUUCCUUUACCAGUUGUUUGUUUGAAUGCUUCUACUGUAUGAAUGACUCAAUGUCUAUUCGUUUUGUGAAACAGAUAUUAUGAAAAUAUUGCCAGCGUUGGCCUAUUUGUUUGACUUUUGCCAUUGAAACUAGUCGAUACAUUUAUGCGUCCGAGUAAAUUUUAUCGUAGUCAGUAAGCUAACUCAUGCAACCUUCAAUACAGAGGAGUUUACAAACCUUAUCAUGGAAGCUUUUCUGCCAGCUACCGCUUCCAGUCCGCAAGUGUUCUACGAAGCAUCUAUUAUUUUUAACUGAAAGUUCUAUACAGAGACUAAAGCAAAUCGAAGCAAAGGGAUCACUUAUGAGAAUCUUAGUGGAUAGUGGAGGCUGUUCAGGAUUCCAGUAUAAAUUUCAACUUGUGGAUAAAAUUCAAGAAACCGACAAAGUAGUCAAACAAGAUGGCGUCGUUGUAGUUGUUGAUGAUGUCUCGCUCGAAUUUAUCAAGGGUUCAACAAUCGACUAUGAAGAUGAGUUGAUUCGAUCUGGUUUCUGUGUUGUUAACAAUCCACAAGUUGACAAAAGUUGCUCUUGCGGUGUUUCAUUCAGUACUAAACUUGACUGACAAAACUAUUUUCUUAAUUAAUCAACGUUUUUGUCUAGCACUUGUAAAUUGCUUCGAAUAUAGUAACUACCAAAUAUCUUGAAGAGUUUUACAUUUUAAAUAAAAUUUAACGUUUAUUUGAAGGGGAAUCAUUCUCAUGCAAGAUUCUUUCCUUUUAUAGCAUCAUUGAACUAUCUAGUCUGAAUUCAGUUCUUUCUGCUGGACAAAAGUUAUGAAUUCACCUGUAGAAAAUAAAUUGAUGAUAAAAGAACUCCCUAAAAAUGAUACGAACUGUGAAUUUGCAAACACUGUCGUGUUAAAUAAUGGUUUAUCUUUGAAAGAAGCUUUUGAAUGCACUAAUUCUUUGUUUUCAAAACUAAAGUCUACUGAACCAAUUGGGGAUAUUACAGAAAAGGGUGAUGGUUACGGCGUUCCCACUGAUGCUUCAGUUGUAAGUAACAUUUCACCAAAGGAUUCUAGCUCCUUGUCGUCUGAGUUUUGUCCAAACUCACUAGCUAUACAAAACUUUGCCAAGGUUAAUAACUCUUUUCAAACUGGUACAGAAUCAGAAAAAGAAUUAUUUUUCGAAGCCGUGACAAAUCAGAGUGAUUCAGAAAAUAAACCGGAUAAUUUUGAAAUAAAUGAAUGCACCAAUGUACAGGCUGAUGAAUCAGAAAAUAUUAUGGUUCUUGAACGUCAAAAAGUAAACUGGAUGUAUUCUCCAAAAGUGAUUGCCUAUGCUGAUUCUGAGUUUCAAAUGUCGGAAAAAUUGCCUUUACUUAAUAAUUACCUUCGAGGUUGUUUAUGGUCUCCAGACGGUUCUUGUAUUUUGACAAACAGUCACGAUAAUAUUCUUCGUCUUUUCAAUCUCCCUUCUUCAAUUUUCGAAAAUAGCAGUGCAGAACUCUCCUUUUCCGAACCAGAAGAAAUGAGAUCUGUUCUCGUGAUGCGUGAAAAAGAAUUAAUCUACGACUACUGUUGGUAUCCAUUAAUGUGCUCUGCUGAUCCAAUUAGUUGUUGUUUAGCUAGUACUAGUCGCCGAAAUCCUAUUCGACUGUGGGAUGCAUUUACCGGAGUGAUACGGGCAACUUAUAUUCCUAUUAAUCAUUUGGGUGAAGUUGUUUCCGCUUCCAGUUUAUCAUUUUCUUCGAAUGGUCAACGUUUAUACGCUGGAUUUCACCGAUACAUUCAAGUGUUUGAUGUUUCUCGUCCAGGAACAGAGUCAGUCAGGCGACCAAAACUUGGAAAAAAACCACUCCAAGGUGGUAUAAUAUCAUGUAUUGGUGUUUUGAAUGAUCCUAGUCGAAAUAUCUACGCUACAGGUUCCUAUAACGGGACUGUAUGUAUAUUUUCUGAACCUGGUAAUCUGAUAACACGUUUAUUUAGUCAUCAAUCUGGAGUUACCCAAGUGACGUUGACAAAAACAUUUGCAGGAAAAAAUGGUGCACCAUGGUAUGUUUUUGUUGGUGGUCGAAUGGAUUCGCGUAUAUUUGUUUGGGAUGCAAGAAAUCUAGUAAAUCCAAUCACAAUACUUCAUCGACGAAUUGAAAAUCAUCAGAAAUUUCAGUUUGAUGUAGAACCCAUUGGUCGUUAUCUAUUUACUGGCAGUCAAACUGGUGUUGUUUGUGUAUACGAUUUACCUCAAUGUAUUGAUCAAUUUUCUGAAAAUGGACAUACCUGCUCUUCUUCAAAUUGGCGAGCACAUUCUGACAGUACAAAUGGUGUUAGUGUACAUCCUAGCCUUCCUAUUAUAGCUACUUCCUCAGGUCAACGUAGAAUUAAACAACCAACUUUAAAGAAUGUAUGUAAAAAGCAACGUACAAUAGAAACAACAUUAGAAGUUCAACACCCUCAUUUGAAUGAAAAUAUUUCAUCUAAUCAAUCAGCAUUAGACAUCAGUGACAGUGAGAGUAGUAUUAGUAAUAGUAGUUGUGAUGAGAAAGAUUUAAGUGAUAGUGAAGCUGUUUUAAUGACACCAUCAAUUUUAGUUACUGGUAGUAGUACAAUAUCAUCCGGUGAAAAUGAAACUAAUCCAAUAGUUGAAGAAUUUCCUUUAGCUUUAAAAGGCAAACUAACAUUGUUACCAAGAGAAAAUCGUUUAAAUCUAUGGACAUUUCCUUUAUUAGUGACUACAUAAAUUUUAUCUUAAUUUCUAAUUUCUUUUUUUUUAUAAUUCUUAUUUUGUAUAUAUAUAAGAAGAAAAAAGAUUUAUCUUUUUUAUAUACUAAUGUUAUUAAUUUAUAUUAAGCGUCAAGUUUUUAAAGUUGUAAAACAGCGU